AUGGGACUCAAGAGGCAGCCACACUACGAUGACUUCCGAAAGCUCGCCACGGAGGUCUUGGACCUGUCGCUCUUCACGCCUGAAAGGGGCCGGAAGUUCGAGGCCGAUCAGGAGUCACACAUCACCUACUGCCUCCUUCUCAGCGUGCUCAGCUCCAAGAGAGAUCUUGGCCUGGGUGUCUAUUGGGACGAAGGUCCGGAGGACCACAUCUCCUUGAUCGCCCUGGCAGUAGAGGAUGCAGCGGUGCUGCUGCGCACACAUGACUCCGGAGGCUGGUUGCCAAGCCAGGUGAAGGAGGUGCUUUCGAACCCUGGAGUGAUGAAGAUCCACGCAGGAGAUGGAGCCGAGCUGCGAGCGAAGCUGCAGGCAUCCUUCGGCGUGGACCUGCGCGGUGAGCUGGAUGUGAGGACAGAGGCGAAGGCGCCUCAGGACGUCGAGGCCAUGCUCCGCAACUUGCCCGUGGGCGAGUGCUGCUGGUCCUCUGCAGACCUCCCCGAGGAGACGGCCGCCGUGGCCGCAAAGCGCGCCCUCCUGUGCUGGAAGCAUGCUGCAGAACUGCGUGCGAAGGCACGGGAGAUGCAGCCCGCAGCGCCGGAACGCGUGUGGGCGGAGCAUUGCGUAGUACGACGCCCCGAUGGCCUCUACUGCUGGGCUUGCCAGGCAGGCCCUGCGGCAACCGACGCCGACAUGGAGAAGCACAUCGCUGGAGCUCAGCACAAGCGCCGCUUGGUGCUGGCUGGCGUUCUUCAGGACGACCAGAUCUUGCCUCCUGUACCGGCUUCGCUUGCAGCCCGUGGCAUUGCCAUUGACAGGGGAAAGGAUGGCGCGCUGCAGUAUUUCUGCCAGAAGUGCAACGCGGGGCCAUUUCCAACACUUGAUAGUGUUGACUCGCACCUCCAGGGCGCGAAGCACCUCCACAAGGAGGGGCUGGAGCCGACGGUCCAGCUUACGGCAGACCUGGCCAAGGAAGGCUUUGUCCUCUCCCCCGCCGGUGAUCUGGAGUGCCUCCGUUGCCAUGCUGGCCCGUUUCACGACCGGCAGAGCCUCCGGCUCCACCGCCAGUCCUUGCAGCAUAGAGAUGUUGGGGAGACGAGCAGCAGACCGCCGAGGAUGGAGGCAGAAUUGCGAGAUCUUCCUGGUUACUGCAACCUCUUGGGCAACAACUUCUGCUGCUUCCUCUGCGAUGUGUCCGCGGCUUCUUUAGAUGGCAUCUUGCAACACCUCGCCGGGAAGAGCCACCGGAAGGCUUGCCAAGCGCAUGGUGAGCCGGAGCCGCUGGUCCUCUGCAAGGACCUCGUCUGCGAGCAGGUCUCCGGCGUGUAUCCCUUGCAGGGGCGGCUUCGUGAUGGAGACCUGGAGCCGAUCUUCAGAAAAGGUGCUGGCGCCUGGCUGCAGGCUGGCCCGGGUGCCAAGAAGCUGCAAAGUGCGGCUCCGACCACCUCCUCGUUGCCCAACUCGACCCGGGCCAUGGUGGCGAAGGAGGAUGUUCUGCCCGACGGAAGUGAUCCAGACUUGCUUGGUGCGAGCAUGGGCGACAGCGUCCUGAUUCUGGAGGACCAGGAUGCCCAGAGCCCUUGGGUCUGGGCAGAAGUUGACGGGAGGAGAGGCUGGUUUCCCAGGAAGGCCCUCGUCAAGAAGCUUCCGCCCUGGAAGUUGAGCAAGGUCCGGAGCAAGUCGACUGUCCAGGCGCCGUCUUCCGACUUCGACCUGCCAGUUGUUCCGCCCAAGACGCCCCUGGAUUGGUCCGACUGCUUGGCCGCGCCGACAUUCCGCUCGACCAAAGACGUGGCAGAGGCACUGCAGCGCGCUGUGAAAACACGUGGUCGCGAGCAGCUGGCAUCCGAGCACCUUGGCGUUUUCCUUCUUAAAAGAAGGGCACCUCACUUGCUCGAUGUGGUGCUCGUGUCUGGAACCGAUGACAGCACCGAACAAGCCGUUGGGGAGGUGCGAGACUGGUGGUCCAGCUUCGAACUGUUGCAGGAGGUCGCAGGUGCAGAACACGCUGCGGAGGAGGUGUCGGAGGAGAGUCAGAAGGUCGUUAAGGUCGUGGAGAACGCGACUCUACAGGUCCUUCCGCGUGUCGUGAAUGCCACGGAGGCUUUGCUUGCCAAAGGCACAAAGUCGGCGCACAAGGAAAUCAAGGACGUGUCCGAUGCGGCAAGGGAAGGGGCCGUGAACGUGGUCAAAGGAUUGAUCAAGCCGAACACUCUGACCACGACCAUCAGGCCCGUGGAAGUUCCAACGCCGCCGGCAUCGGUUCCCUACAGGCACUUUGUGUCCUCUGCAGCUGCUGCAUUAGGGCAUUCCGUUCUGUACUGGAUCACGCCGAUCGUGGUCGACCUGCUGCUCAUCUCACUGGCCUUCGUGCUCUUUGAGAUUGCCAUGGGGAUCGGCAGGCAUAGUUCGACGUACCUGGAAGAAGGUCUCGCGCGGACAGCAAGCAGCCUGAUGACGGACAUCUGCUCCGGCUGGGUGUGCGGCGCGUCUGCUCUCGUGGCCUUCUGGGUGCUUGGAAUCCUCCUGGCGCAGGAGCUUCGUCCACUGGCGGAGAAGAUCCAGGAAGCCCCGCUCCAUCCCAUCGUGUCGGUGGUGCUGGGAGUUGUUUGCAUGCUGUCGUGCAUGAGAUAUGCGGUCGGUGCGGUGAACAGGACGGGAUCGUAUAGGCUCCUCGAGCGCGAUGCGGUCGUCGAGUCCUUACACCAGGACUCCAAGGAUAGCUUUGCACCGCUGCUGGACGACCUCGGCCUGCAAAAGGUUCAGGCGCUCCAGCCGGCAGCUGCGCCAGAUCAUUGGAGUUUCACAAGGUGCCUGUGUGCAGCCUUGGCUGGAAUCUUUGGUUCUCUCCUCGCUGCGGUGGAGGGCCCUCUCUGCACGACGGCCAUCAGCACAACCUACAAGGCCGUUCUGAUGAGCCACUGGAUGUGGGGCUUCGUGCCGUGGGGCCUCCUGCUCCCGGAGGUCCUUGGAAUCAGGCUUCCACCCGAAGCCCUGAUUGCGUGCGUCGCGGUCGGCGCCAUCUUGCUCGGUGCGUGCCUCCAUGUGCUACGGCAGAAGUCCGGCCAGGCAGCCGGUGGAGCUCACGGCAAGACGACAGAGGAGAGGCGGGCCCAAGCCCCCAGUAGCGAGAGUUGA